AUCGCCGUAAUCCUGCCCAAAAACAGGGGAAGGAAAAUAAAUCUUCUUCUCCCCAACAGCCGAAUUUGCGUAAUCCGUUCCCGCGCGCCGGAUUCUGCUCGAUCCUUGGCGCGAGAUGAUGAUCCCGUGGGGCGGGGUCGGGUGCUGCCUCAGCGCCGCGGCGCUGUAUCUCCUCGGGAGGAGCAGCGGGAGGGACGCGGAGGUGCUGCGAUCGGUGGCGAGGACUGGCAGCUUGAAGGAUUUGGCUGCUAUCUUGGACGCUGCGAGUAAAGUCCUGCCACUUGUAGUGGCAGUCUCUGGGCGAGUUAGUUCAGAUACACCGCUUGUCUGCCAACAAAGUGGUAUGAGAGGCGUAAUAGUCGAGGAAACGGCAGAACAACAUUUCCUAAAGCACAAUGAUGCUGGAUCCUGGAUUCAAGAUUCGGCUGUGAUGCUUUCUGUUAGCAAAGAAGUUCCAUGGUACCUGGAUGAUGGCACUGGGCGUGUUUAUGUAGUCGGCGCUCGUUCUGCAGCCGGGUUAGUUUUAACUGUUGCAAGUGAGGUUUUUGAGGAGUCAGGGCGAACACUUGUACGUGGAACUCUAGAUUAUUUACAAGGACUGAAGAUGCUCGGAGUAAAGCGAACUGAAAGAGUUCUUCCAACUGGAACUUCAUUGACUGUUGUUGGUGAGGCCAUUAAAGACGAUGUUGGAACUAUUCGAAUUCAGAGACCACACAAAGGACCAUUUUAUGCAUCUCCUAAAAGCAUCGAUCAACUUAUCUUGAAUCUCGGCAAAUGGGCCAAAUUGUACAAGCUUGCUUCCAUGGGCUUUGCAGCUUUUGGUGUCUUUCUUCUUGCUAAGCGUGCACUAGAGCAUUUUCUACAGAAAAAGCGUCAGCAUGAAUUUCACAGGAAGGCUCGUGCUGCUGCAGCACAAAGGCAGGCUAGGGAAGCUGAAGAUGGUACAUCAGGCGGUGAGCCUAACAGUAAGAAGGAUCAGUUGGUCCUGGAAAUAUGUGUCAUAUGCCUUGAACAGGAGUAUAAUGCAGUUUUUGUGCCAUGUGGCCACAUGUGUUGCUGUAUGACCUGCUCUUCACACGUAACAAACUGUCCGCUUUGCCGGAGAAGAAUUGACCAAGCUGUCAGAACAUUCCGGCACUGAUUGCACUAUAUGAUGCAAAAUCCUGCACAUACAACACCACUGUGAACUCUUCAAGUUCCAGUUGCCGUGAAUGUCAGUCUGCCAAUAUCUUAGACUGCGAUACGGAGCUCUUGUUCACCGGAGUUUUCCUUACAAACAGAACUUCAAGUAAUUCACGAACUCAUAGUUCACAGUUGACACUCCGCCAGUGACUGAUCUUGCUUGUACUCUGCAAUUCUGUACAGAAUGUUCUUGUGUAACGCCUUGUUUCUAACGGCGCUCUUAUUAGCAACAUGGAUGCUAGUAUUUACUGGUGGAAGGUACUAUGUUAUUUUACACUGUAAAAGAUAAUAUUUUCUUCUGAUGUAUGGGUCACCAUCUCUUGAUA